CCUGUGUAUAAUCUUCCAUCUCUUUGGCCAGCCAAUGAUCAUUCUCAAGCAUUUGAUACUCUGUAGACCCUUUGUUAUUUGAGACCUCAUGCAAGCCACCAUGCAGUCUACAGUCCCGUCAUUCCAGUGACAGUCUGUCAAUCAUCAGUAAGAGGUCUAGACAACCAAUCACAUAAGCGAAAAAUGUGUUAAUCGUGAUGUUAGCCCGUCGCGUCUGAGGGGCCGUUUGUUAGUUGCCGUACUAACGUCGGCUUCAGCCUUGCGGCACAGUGACUUUGCAUGUCUAGUCGCUUGUGCUAUACCCAACGGAGCAUCAUAGCGGCAGCUUACUUAUGCUUAGGUUGAAUGAAUACAGGGCUGUGCAGUUAGUGACAGAUAAUUAUAACUCUCUCGUUGUUACACCUUUCUCUAGCUCAAGGCACUAAAGUCGGGGGCCGACGGUCCGCUCACACAUAGAGUGCUGUACAUUAAAGGGGUAUAUGUAGUAUACAUGGUACCCUGCAAGAUGGAGUGUGUUCUGUUUCGUGUGUAUUUCUUCGCCAGAAAAGCUAGUAUACCGUACAGAACUUGCCGCCAGGGACGGCUUAUUCUUCCGAUCAGAUAAGAUGAGCUCUUUCAGAACCCUUGGCCUGUUGGCUCUCUUGACUACCUUUAGCGUUGCGCGAGGGGCCAGCUUAGCCCUCGAUCAACAUUUCCAGGCCCUGGAAUUUCCAAAGGCCCGACGACUUUCUGCGGCCAGUCUGCCCCUCAGUCUCAGGGUGAGAGAAAUCGAAACGGUCGCUUUUAAGAGAGAAGCAAGUUUCGACUUUAUACACGAGGUUCCAGAAGGAGACACGGAAUAUGUCUUCGCCACUACCCUCAAUGUGGCAUCUCAACACCCAAUCCUUGCCCUUGAGGCUUUAGAUGCCGACAUAGACGAUAUGACAUGCUCAGAUGCAAAGAUUCAGCUGUCCAUCGGCUCGCCUACUCGGGCCAAAGCCCUAAAGCAGGAACUUGAGGCUGCGUCCGAUUUUGUAGUCGUCACUUCCCAUGAAGGUUGCGACUUGGAAGGGGAAAGGUCCAUCCAUCGUGUGACGAAGGCGACUGUCGAUCUGGCUCGUCAAGUAUUCACCCUGGAGAAAGUCAAAUGCGACUGGCACGAUGCAAGCCAUUCCACUAGCGUGUCUUUCUCCCACAGGCACCGAUCAAGCAUUCAGAAACGUACAUAUACCGUGCAUCAGAAACGACAGCAGGAGCCAACAAAUGUGCCGACAACCACAAAGGUAGUAGGGGAAGGCUCUGCACCUUCCAUAUCGUUUCCAGCGGUUCCCACUGCAACAACGGGACUACCUUCGAGUGCGACAAAAUCGCUCGACAAGCACUAUAUUGACCAGAAAAUAUUUCCGCCAGAUACUCCUGCCGCUGACAUGUUCAUACCGCAAGGGGUAACAGUGACCUGCAAAAACUGCACGCUCCAGGGUGAUAUUGAGAUAACCCGAGGCUCGUUCAACAUUUCUGGAAAUAAGAUUAAAGACACAAUUGCCUUUUUUGACGACGGUGCUCUUGAAAUUCUAUCGAAUGGCCUUUUCGCACAGGUUGAACUUGGUCUUGACCUUUCGCUGAGCCAAUCUCUGGCGUCCCUCAACAUGUCUCUCCCUACAAUUCCUCUCACCCCAUUUGAGAUCCCAGGAGUUGUAGCUUUCGGUCCAAUAAUCCAACCUGAUCUCUCACUUAGCGUAAAUAUGGUGGAGGAGAUAGGGUUCUCUUAUGGCUUCAAUCUUUCGGUACCGGACAACUCGAAUAUUAAGAUUAACAUGAGUGAGCCUGGGAAUUCCUCCAUUUCAGGUUUUGAUAAAACCAAGGUCCACGCGCUGGAGUUUGAAUCUACGUCUGCACCGGCGUCUUUGAUUUUCAGUGUUACCUUCACGCCGCAGAUCCUGCUCGGAAUCAGCACGGCAAAGGGUUUAGUAUCUGGCGGUGUUGGAGCGUUCGUCAACUUGCCAAAGAUAUCUGUGAAUGCGACUCAACUGAGUCAUGUCAGUGACAAGUGUGAGCCCGUGGUUGAUGGGAGUGGAGAUGACACUUUGACAUCUGUCCUGGAUGAGGUCUUCGAUAGCCUGACACAUAUCGCCCCUUCGGUGGACGUCAACAUGGGUGUCCUCGCCAACAUGGAGGUCGACAUUGCGGAGUUCAGUGAAAGGGUCGGAGUACAAGCUGUCCUGGCAUCAACCUCCUAUCCUCUACCCACAGCUUGUCUAAAGUAUGAUGCGAAGAGCCACACAUAUGGUAUUCCUUCACGGACGCCAAGCGCUACCGCAACGUCGGGGUCAAUGAAAGGAGCCAAUGACAGGUCGUCAGAUUCGGACAAACAGUCUGGAGCCGCAACAUUGUUAGGGGGUCUUGGUCUUCUACCGCUCAGUAUUUUGGCGGCUUCGAUGAUUGCUAUUGUGUAUUGUGGAUAAGGCUGACGGACAUGGAAUGAAGCAUGUGUGUGUCAUAUAGAAAGAUGUAGAUCGUGUCGAUGGGUAGUUAGAAGAACAGUGAUGAAGAGAGGGAUGCAAAUCAUGCAAACCCAAGUUUUUUUAAAGUUUUAAAGAAGCAGCAACAGCAGGGGGGUCUAUGACUCUUCAGUAUCGUGACCUGGCGGGGUCGAUCGCUCCCUAUCCAGAUUCAUGAUUCCAAGGAUGAAUUUAGUGGGGGGAGAGAAUGCACUGCCAUUGGCGUCCCCAGUGGGCAUUGUUCGUAUUGCCAGUUAAAGAAGAAGAAACGCACAGCCACAAAGCCAUGUGAUGUCGCAUUGCAACGCGGAAGAGGACCGUCGGGCACCCAAUCGGGUCUAGCGCUGAGUCGGGAUCCCGAAGAGGAAAGGUGGUGUAUGGAGGACGAGGGAAGUUCUUCCAUCCUCAGGGUUG